AUGGCUUUCCAUCGUUCCAUUAGAGCACAACCAGUGUCAACUGAAGGAUCAAUUUUAGCAGAGAGAACAACGGAGGAGCCUUUACCUAGCAAAGUUGCUCAAAGCACCGUGACAUGUUUCUACCAAGCCAAUGUUGCAGGCUUUUGGAGAAACGUAUCAGUUUUGUGGUGCAAAAACCUUAUGAACCAUUCCUUACACAUUACGGUUGAUAGUGUAGGAGGUGACUUACAUUAUAGCUGCAAGAUUGACGUGAAGCCUUGGCAUUUUUGGAGCAAAAAAGGGUACAAAACCUUUGAGGUUGAAGGGAAUCAGGUGGAACUCUAUUGGGAUCUCCGGUCAGCUAAAUUCUCCGGCAGCCCCGAGCCGAGCAGCGAUUACUAUGUAGCCUUAGUGUCUGAUGAAGAGGUUGUGUUGUUGUUGGGAGAUUACAAGAAGAAAGCUUACAAGAGAACGAAAUCUAGACCUGCCCUUGUUGAGGCCAUGUUACUUGUCAAGAAAGAAAACGUGUUUGCCAAGAAAAGCUUUUCCACCAAGGCCAGGUUUGAUGAGAAGAGAAAAGAAAGUGAAAUUGUUGUGGAUAGCUCAACCGGUGGUACUAGUGACCCCGAGAUGUGGAUUAGCAUAGAUGGGAUUGUGUUGAUUCAUGUCAAGAACUUGCAGUGGAAGUUUAGAGGGAACCAAACUGUUAUGGUUAACAAGCAACCUGUGCAAGUGUUCUGGGAUGUGCAUGAUUGGUUGUUUAGUGGGUCUGGCUCAGGGCCUGGUCUUUUCAUUUUCAAGCCAGGGCCUCCAGAAGCUGAGAGUGAAAAAGAAGGAAGUGCUGUUGAAGGUUGUGAAAGUGAUGAUGGCAGUGUUGGGUAUUAUUCAACUCUGAAUACUGCCACCUUUGAGUUCUGCCUCGUUCUCUAUGCCUACAAAAUAGAGUAA